AUGGCAGGCUUGAAUGUUGUGCAGAAUUCCAUGUCUCUUCAAGAUCAACAGGAUCGCCUUUAUAAUCAGUAUUUGCAGAUUAAACACGGUUCAAAACAAUUCGGCACAAGGACCGGUAUUGUCUCGGUGAAGGCUGACAAACGAGAGGAUGAGGUAGGUACAGUUGUGAAAGAUGAGAAGGGAUCAUCACUUCCUCAAUUUUCAUCUGCCACGUUUGAAAAUGAGAAUACAAUCAGACUACCUGAUUCAGGGAAGGAGCUAGAGGUGCUGAAGUGUAUUCUCCUACGCGAAGGCUACCUGCAACGAUUGCGUAGCGCAAGCACUGUCGGUCAUGUCGGCGGUAUUCACCUUGCUGAUACACUUAAUUUACUGGAUUUACUUCGUACAGCAACUUUAGAGGCAGUUGAAGCGAUCGUGGUAUGGCGACAUGCUAAACAAAAGGGUGAGCGAAAUGGUAAUCUCCAAUCGGUAUCCGAGCCGGAGCAGUACAAGUGGAAUGGGAUCAAUUAUUUACUUAAGCUUGCAUCAGAUUUGGAAUUUCUGAAUAAGCACACAGGGUUGACAGAGUCACUAGGAUUCACUUUACACCGAAACCCAUUCAUACUUGCCUUGAAUCUUGAUCGUCGAGCAGAAAUGCUACAAAAUGUCCAGUCGGAAGAUCAGAUUGAUAGUGAAAGUACUCGGUAUUUAGAUGGGGAAAAGUAUUCUCGAUCCAUUUCAGACAAGUAUUCCAAUGAAAAGUCUGUGAAUGAUGCUCAAGCUGUGAUCCAAAAGUUGCAAAAGAAAAAAAUCACCAUCAACCCACACGAAAACCGACUGUUGAAUGAUCAAGAGCGAAUUUUAAAGUCGCCAUCAAAAGCAGAUGCUGUUUCAGUCAAGUCUCGGGCACUGCAACUGACUGUAAAUGCCAAACAUAAUUUCACUUCACCUCCUUUGAUUAGUAUAGUGGAACAAGCACGAUAUAAUGAAGCCGAGCGUGUAAUUUUAGACGAAGAAGCGCUUUUUGGACGAUACACUCGAGAUAUUCACAAUCGAGCUGUCCCUGAAGAUGAAGCCAUUCGUCGAUUUGAUAUGAUCAAAUGGUCGUGCAACGCAUACAAUGUGCCAACCACUUUACCAUCAUUGCACGGUGCCGAAGAUAUCGAUACCAACGAUUUACGUUCUGAAAACACGUUAAUUUCGUCUAAACCCCUUGCAAAAAAACGUCCCGGGAUGCUAGGACCCUGUUCAAAACCUAAUUGGCGGACAUUUAAUACACUUCCUCCACCUAGACGACGAGCGCGAGGUGCUCAAUUUGAACAAGUUUUGACUGCGGAAAAAGUAGCAAAUGUGCAACUACAGGUACUUAUAGACACAUUGAAAGAGGAAAUGGAGCGCAAAGCGAUGGAUAUAGCGUAUUUUGAGAGUUGCACAGAGCUGCAAGAUUUUAAAGAAGGAUUGCUAGAAUUCAUUCAGCAAUCUCAGCGGGAGUUGCAGCUUUUGCGUGAAGAGAUUGCAGAGAAGGUGUGUUUGUGUGAGAAAAAGGUUGUCGGUAUACAGAAGAAGGAAGAGUUGCUGUUGACGUUCAAGGAGCAACAAAAGACAUGCAAGGAUAACUCGCAUGCAAAAAGGAUUGACGCGUUAGUCCCUGAUUUGAAUCAAGAUCAGAACCGACCCCAGGCUGCUAAACAGCGCCAAAUCAACCAUGCAGAGCCUUUAAUACAACACUUUUGUGCGACGCAAUUUCAGAAACUUGCUCGCGGCAUGUUGACCCGAGCGAGACAUAAAAACACAAAGGCCAGACUAACCGUUGCAAGCGCUUUGAUUCAGGCGGGCGUCCGUGGGUUUCUUGCGCGGCGAAGUGUCGCCAAAUUGUACUGGCAAAGGACAGCAUCCAUUCACAUUCAGCGUGUUGCUCGGGGCUGGCUUGCUCGACAGCUUGUACGAGCAAAUCAGACGCAAAAAUAUCAAAGAUAUUAUGCGAUUCGGAUUCAGAAAUGGGUAAGAGGUCACUUUGGACGGAUUCGAAUGGCAAAGAUUCGCGAGUUGGUGAACUGGCGGUUGCAGCUUGCUCUUGCAAGUCGAUCCAUCGACGCAGAAGAGCUCCAGGAGUUGGCACGAGCUUGUCAAUCAAUGGUUUCUUUGCCUGGAAGCUUGACUCAAAGUACGAAAACGCGAGACAAACCACUCCCGACAAUUCUCCUUGGUCUUGUACGCUUGUUGAUACUUUUUACAAGUGAUUCGGAUGGUGAGUGGGAUGUUUCCAGCGUUUGUUGGCAUCAAGCUGCUUGGUUCUUACGAUGCAGUACCGGACUUUUACGUCGCAUGCAGAACGUCGCUGAUGCCGCCGCUGGAGCCGCACGAGCUUAUAAGUCACCAUCAGGAAGAUUUGAAGCUGCUGGUGCUGCGACCCCCACGCCGUACCUACGAGAGUCUACUCUGGGUGCAGCAUUGCUCGAUGUGUAUUUAAAAGAUCCAGAUUUUCAAGUCGAAACUUUUGAGAGAAUUUCACGCGGUUCGCGAGCUGCUGUGAUGAUUUUUCAGUGGACAAAGGCUUUUAAUGCGAUUGUGCGACUCCAACAUCUUGUCGAACGCAGCAUAAUGUCUUUGGAUCCGUUUUUAGUCAUUGAACGCACCUUGAGCAAACGUGAAGCUCAACAGGAAAUGAAAGAGCGACGCGAGGCCAAUUUUAGUGGUCAAAUGGUCACUCGACGUUUUGUUCCUUUAGAGUUGACCCACGCUCGUGGGUAUCCAUUCCAUCGAAGUCGUCCUUUGUUGCUCGUCGUGGCAACUGAUAUUCCUCUGAAAGCUCGGAAAAAUAUCCUCGAGAAACUCCAAGUGUGGUUGCCCGGCCUCUUUGUCACCAUAAAGCGCCCUCUGGCAACUGCAAGUGAGAAUUCAAGCUUCCCAAAUUCUAUUUUGAUGUUUGAUUUCAAAGCAAUCAAGGAUGCAUUAGCGCUUGGACAAAGUGUGAUCCUUGAAGGUGAUCUGGGUCUUUUGGACGUGACCCAACGUUGUUUUUGUAAUUCAUUCGCCAGUGUCAAGAAUGGAUUGCAGCCGCUUCCAAUGUGUAUUCUUGUAAGACAUCAACGCACGAGAUACAGAAAUUUUAAUGAGGCGAAACAAGGCAACGACAUGAAAGAGGAAAAACAGCGAGAGGAGACAAAGUGUCAAACGCUAGAUGCGGAUUUAAAGGUGGCUCUUGAUCGAACAACGAGACUGCGGAUGGAGUUAGAGAACGAUACGAUCACUCGUGAGAUGAUUGAGCAGGCAAAGUGCGAGUUGGGUGAAAUCUCCUCAAUUUCAGCAAUUAUGAUCGUCAUGAAAGCCGUGAUCGUUCUACUGACACCUGAGAGUGCUUACAAGGCUUCGCUAAAAAGUGAUUUUGCAGAUGAUAUGGUAGAAUGGCACCUUUACCGUCAGCUUUUAGCACAGCCAGCCUCGUUACGAGCCAAGUUACAGCAAGUGGAUGUCACAAUGAUUCCAUCUGCCAACUUGGUAGCAGUCGAGCAAUGUAUAUGCCAUUCACUUUGGCCUGACGCUGUCGUUGCGCGAUCACAAGUUACUUAUUGUCGUCUUCUGUAUGCUCUCGCAGCUUGGGUCGAGUCGGCAACUCGAGUCGCCCGAUUAAUUUCAGCUAAUGGAACAGGAUCGUUAGCCCCUGAAAUUACACGCUCUUAUCCCAUACCUGGUCUAUUUGAGCGAGUAAUCGUCUUUGACGAUAGCCGACCAGAUUCUAAACAGAGUGGAGCAGGUCAAGGAAAGGCAGCGAUGGAUCUUUUGGAAGCUGUGCUUUCUGAUGUGCAAGUGUACCAGACAGCGCGUCAUCUCGAACGCAUUUGUGGCAUUAAACGUCAGGUGAAUCAAAUCAAGGAAAGGAAUCGUAGUGUGAUAACGCUCUUUCAUGAAUGUCGACGUGUAUUCGCUAUUGCCUAUUCUCCAAGAACGAGUCAGCGAUGGAUGACAGUGAUCUCCGAAAAUGAUAUCGACAAAAUUUUGAUGCCAAUCGAAGGAAAGAUUCGAACUAAUUUACCGCCAACGUCCCAUGCAGAGAUGUAUCUGAGGCUUACUCGCCUUUGUUUUUUUCAAAAACGUCAAUUCGAAUCUUUUUCAGAUUCAAGCGAACAUUCAGAACCGUUUGAAUUAGUGCUGCGACCACAUGCCUCUCGACUUUAUCGACAUGUGCUGCAAUUUGGCGGGUUCUUCACAACCAUAACAAUUGCAGAGCUUUCGCGUGGACAUGUAAAGGUUGACGCAUUUGUACAUGGUAAUAGUUUGCAGGCACCUUCCACUCAAUCCGUCAUGUUGAGUUUGAUAGUUGACCUUGAAAACAUUCAAGGUCGAGUUUCAGGAGCUCAAUCUCAAAACACGAUCGUUCCUGCGCUGUACAUACCUUCACUGAUGCUAGAUCGACUUCAUCUAUACAGCAUCACACGUACUAACAUGGUCUUUUCGGAGUGUCGACAGGAAAUAAAGCCUUUGUUACGACUCGGAUUUCGAACUUCUGAAAAAUCUUAUGGACGCGUACUUUUUCGUCGCGCAAUACGACUCAGUGUCAAUCGCCUGGAAAAGCGAUGGAUAUUUACGCUCAUCAAGCACCACGAGGAUGGCGAAUUUCGUGCUGCAUUUUACGCUCCUCGAUCAUGCACACGUCACAUUUUUCGAAUUACAUGUGAUUGUGCGAAAGCAAUACUAUUUCUUUCAAAAUUCGCAACGUCUUCCCAGCUUCACCACGAUUUAUCAGAGACAUUCCGUCACUCAAAGCCUUUCUUAAUGAAACAUCAAGACUGUUCUGAAGACACUGACGAUGUUGAGCAUGAAAUAACGGAAACGAGAUUAGGAGACUUGUUUACCUCGGACCAUCUACGGCGGUGCAUCAUUUCCAGAUUCUCAUGUGGGCUUCGUAUUCAAGAAAAUUUACAUCAGAAAUUACUUAGAAAUCAAGUCAUGCGCAUGUAUGUCCAAGUCGAACUUAGUUACGAAGGAGACACACGGAAUGAAAGAUACGUAAGAAAAGCAACUGCUCUUCUGUUUCGUAUGUGGUUACCUGCAUCUUGUCGUGAGCAAUAUCUGGUAGUUAGCAAUAGCAAAAUUGAAGCCACGGUAGGACUGUCUUGGAAGUCUCGUAUUCAAUCCAGCGGUAGAGAGCGACUAGAAUUCUGUCAAAAUUUUGUACGAUGCUACUUUGAGUGGGAUCCAAGCAUUGAAAACGGAUGUGUGGUGGCCAACUUACCGUAUGCCAUACUUAACGCGACUGAACUGAAAAAAGAAAGCACCAAAAAGCCCAGCGAGAUACCACACGAAGCUUUUAUCACCACCAAUUUUGUUCGAUACACGCAGAUCUUGAGCAAUUUUGACGUUGACGUUUCGAAGCGAGCUUAG